UCUCGCUCAUAGUCGCAUCAUGAUCAUUGACCGCCUCUAUGUACCAGAAAAUGGAACAUGUUGAUCAACUCGGACGCAUUCGCAUAAUUAUGAUCCGUGACCCUUAAUCCUUCUCCAUGCCCACAUCAGAAAUAGACGACAUUUUUGCUGCCAAAGGAAAGGCGAAAGCCAUAGAGCUUGCUCCUCUUCCAUCCGUCAAGAAGGAGAAAAAGAAAAAAAGAAAAGACAGACCCACCACUAGCGAUGAAACGAAGGAGAUCAGUCGAUCUUCAGAACCAAAAACACUGAAAAAACGGCCGCUUCCCGAGACCGUUGUAGAUUCAUCAUUCAAAUCUUCCAGCAGCAGUAAACGUCCAAAGUUGGAUGUUCCAAUUUCUUCACAGCGUGAAAAGGUUUAUCGCGAGAUGCGCAAAGAUGACGAAGACCGUUUCAAGGAUUCGAGGGGUUCUGGACCUAGACGAAAAACUGACGAUGGUUUAAACAUAUACAAAGAAGAUGAACUAGGUAUAUCCAAUGCCGGAGGAGACACACCAUUGUGUCCUUUUGAUUGCGAAUGUUGUUUUUGAACGGUAGUUGCUCUAUCUGUAGCUUGACAUGCAAGAAGAUACCCGUGUAUUCACCAAGAUAUCCAGCGCAAACCUGUGAUAUGGUCGGGCUGCACUCAGCUUUUGUUGAGUUCAAGCCAUUUUCUCUUUCGUUUGCGAUAACCUCCAUCGCCGGUUUGCGCUUCCUGUAUGAUUGAUAACCGCGGAUGUGAUGGGAACUUCUAUUCACGGUUUUUGUUCACUCAGUUUCCUUCUUAAAUUGAGGGUCUUUGUUUGUCUCCAUGCCAUAAUUACAAAUCUCACAACAGCACAGGGAAAUACAGCUGUCCCGCACAUAUUGGUACCGGCUCUUUCGAAGCCUCCCAGUUAGCCUUCCGAGGUCAUGAUCUGAGGGGGUCAAUGUGUAGCCAAAAGUGAUCGUUACA